CUUAGAAAUUCAUACCCUUUUUGAGUUUUGACCAGACACAAAAAGGACUAGUUAAAGCCUCACCUCUUUCACUUCACAACAACAAUAAUCCUACUCCUCCCUUUGUCUAGUUCCCAUCACUCUCUCUCUUAAAAGCUGCAAACUUUCUUUUCUUUUCUCUUUUCUUUUUGUUUUUCCCUCCCUCCAAAAUUCCAACUCUUUUAGCACCACCACCUCCUCUAUUUGCUUCUGGAUUUCUACAGCCACUUACAUAGUGCCUAAGGAAGGAAGAAGAAGAAGAAGAAGCUUUAAUGGCUCUUGCUGUACUGCUUCUUUUUUACCUUCUCUCCUUCUCUUUUCAUGGAGAUGCCUAUAUUGGUGUCAACAUUGGUACAGAUGUAACCAACAUGCCAAGUCCAACAGAAACCGUGGCUCUUCUCAAGGCUCAAAGUAUACAACAUGUGAGACUCUAUGACGCCGACAGAUCCAUGCUUCUUGCACUUGCCAAGACUGGAAUCCAAGUAAUUGUUUCUGUUCCAAAUGACCAGAUACUCGGAAUCGGUCAGUCCAAUACCACUGCCGCAAAUUGGGUUGCUCGUAAUAUCAUAGCUCAUGUUCCUUCUACCAACAUCACUGCCAUAGCUGUUGGUUCCGAAGUCUUAACUUCACUCCCAAAUGCAGCUCCUGUCCUUGUAUCCGCGCUACAGUUCAUUCAUUCUGCACUUGUCGCGGCUAAUCUUGAUGAUCAAAUUAAAGUAUCUACUCCACUUUCUACUUCCAUCAUACUUGACUCUUUCCCACCUUCUCAAGCGUUUUUCAAUCGAACUUGGGAUCCGGUCAUGACUCCUCUACUUAAAUUUUUGCAGUCGACCAGUUCAUAUCUUAUGCUCAAUGUAUAUCCUUAUUAUGAUUACAUGCAAUCCAAUGAUGUAAUCCCUCUAGAUUAUGCUCUAUUCCGUCCCUUACCGCCAAAUAAAGAAGCUGUCGACAGUAACACUCUCCUGCAUUAUACUAAUGUUUUCGAUGCAAUUAUCGAUGCUGCUUAUUUUGCAAUGUCAUAUUUGAAGUUUACCAAUAUCCCUAUUUUAGUUACCGAGUCAGGAUGGCCUUCUAAAGGUGGUUCGACUGAGCCCGACGCAACUCCAGAUAAUGCGAACACCUACAAUAGUAAUCUCAUCCGACAUGUUUUGAACAAUACGGGGACUCCUAAACAACCUAGAAUCACAGUUAGUACGUAUAUUUAUGAGCUUUAUAAUGAAGACUUGAGAACAGGUCCGGCAUCCGAGAGCAAUUGGGGGCUUUUUUAUGCGAACGGAGCACCGGUUUAUACCCUACACUUGACUGGGGCUGGUACUUUAUUUGCAAACGAUACAACGAAUCAAACCUUUUGUGUCGCUAAGAGUAGCGCUGAUAGUAAGAUGAUACAGGCGGCACUUGAUUGGGCUUGUGGACCAGGGAAGGUGGAUUGUUCGCCUUUGCUGCAUGGUCAACCGUGUUCUGAACCAGAUAAUGUAGUUGCACAUGCUACUUAUGCUUUUAAUGCUUAUUAUCAGAAGAUGGAUAAAUCUCCUGGGAGCUGUGACUUCAAAGGAGUUGCCUCAGUCACCACCACAAACCCAAGUCAUGGUUCCUGUAUAUUUCCAGGAAGUGGUGGUAAAAAUGGCACAAGCAUAAAUGGCACAGCACUAGCCCCUACCAUCAAUUCAACAGAUUCAGGCUCAUUUUCACAAUACUACAAUGGUGGAUAUUUCACCAGCUAUAUGAUUCUUGCACUACUUUUGAGUGCACUUGUUGUCUUGUAAAACUAGGCACAUUAAUUAAUUACCUAAUUAGCAUUAGAAUGUAGUUUAUGAAAGCACAUUCUUCAACUAUCUUUUGGAAGAUUGUAGCAUGCCCAAUUUUGUGUUCCUCUUGUGGAGGAUUUCAAGGGUGGCUGAGGUUGGUCAAUAUUGGUAAUUGUAAUUGUAGCAUGAGUUGGCCAUUGAAUUUAUUUGUACAAACCAGAGGAAUUAUUUUACAUCAUUGUUGUAACUA